AUGGAUCCAGUGCCAAAAGAUGGGCCUGAUGGCUCAUCCCUCAGACCCGUGUCCUCGCUUUUAGCCAAAUUCGAAAACCUAAACAAGACCGAAACUCCCACCAAUCCACAAACCGGGACCUCUUCAAGAACGGCAUCACCUGGCCCGGCGCCGGCAACAGCACCGAAGCCCGUGCGACUCCGAGAACGGGACCCGAGCCCCUCGGCGGCCCGAGAACCACCCCCUGUUCCGACACCUCGCCCGAAAGAGAGGCUGAACGUCUCUAACAUAAACCCGGCCGCCGCGAAUGUUGGCCUCUCAACAUCCCCUACCCGACCGCUUCCUCCACCCAUCAGCCCACGACCCGGCCACCCCCCAUCGCUUACCAUCGAACCUCCCCAUUCCCCGCCUAAGAGGGGCGUGGGAAUACCAACAGGAGACCGUCCGGCCUUUGUGAAUACCGACUCCCUAAUCAAAUCCCCCACGGCGGCGACAGGAACAAAACAGUUCGGGGGCCGUCCUCGGACGCCCGUCCACGAAUCCGGUGUCUCGGCCCGUCCUACACCUGCUAAACCGCCAUCCCCCCCUCCCCCUCGACGGUCCGGGGAGCUCAGACGAGACCGAGAGAACAAGGAUGUUGGCAGGCCUGCGAUUCCACCCCCGGUCAACCGGGCUGAGAAACCGCUGAUAGGGGCAGCUCGCUUCUCGCUCUUUUCGCAGCCCAGCUCACCCGCUCAUAUACCGAACCGCCCAAGCGACAAGAUCUCCCCCUUCGGCAGUCCGCCGAGUAGUAAUGGGACCACUGAGGAGGAUGCUCCCCCCGCGUUGCCCACACGUCGGAAAACGGAACUGGAACGGCCACAGCGGUCCGGUGCAACGUCUCACGCAGCCAGCGAUCCAUUCGAAGCACCGCCGCUUCAUCAUUCGCUGGCCGCCAGGAGGUUCGACGGAGAUGGCGUUAAUGGUAGGGCAGGAGAUCCGCUCACGCCCCAACUCACUGGCGACCAACCGCCCGCGCUACCGGCGAGACCGCGGAGUUUCAUAGACUCUUCCCGUACUGUGCAUGCGGUUUCAGCCCCGCCACGGCCACCUCGGCCGGCGCUGAAUACCAACCAUCCUCACGAAAUCGGCACAGCUGGCGCCGCCGCGCAGAAACGAGUCGCGUCAACACCCACGGCGCAUGCUCCGCCCACUAUCCCUAGGCUCAAUGGUAGGUCCAUGACCAUGGGGGUGGAGCGGAUGUCGAGUCGGGUUGUCAACGAUUUGCGCGCCCCGGCUACACCAACUACCCCGAUUGAGCACCGGUCUUUGGACACCCUGGCGGGGAGCUCCAGGGGCGACGUCUCUGCGCCGGUUAUCACGGCCUACCCAGAUACUUCGAGAACAAACCGGAGCAAACCUUACAUGAACAAGGGCGUACACGAGAUUCCUACCAACUACGACAGUCGGGUGUUCGAUGUCUGCGGCCCAUUCGUUUGCGCAACCGGCACGUACACGAGGGCCUGGAGUGUGCAAGACGGCGAGUUGAUAAUGAGCUUGGCCAUGGGCGAAGGCUUGAAGGGGACGGCCGUGAUAUUCAAGCCGGGCGAAAACGUGGAUGAGGAAGGCAAGCGGAUCUGGGUCGGCAAUAAUCACGGCGAGCUGCUGGAGGCCGAUGUCCAGUCGCAAGCCAUCCUGAACCAGAAGCCGGGCGCCCAUGGCCGAUACGAGAUCAUCAAGAUUUAUAGGCACUUUAACGAGUUGUGGACUCUGGAUGAGAGCGGCACGCUGCAUGUCUGGGGCCCCGACGAAAAUGGUGUCCCAAACCUGUCUCUGGGCCCUUCGCAAUCCUUCCGUGUACCGAAAGGACACCUGUUUUCGAUGGUUGUCGGCGACGAACUGUGGUACGCAACCGGCAAGGAGAUACGGGUUUUCCUGCCGACCUUGGACGGGAGAACACAAUUUCAGGUCUUGAUACGGCCGCUUAUCCAAGAUAGCGCCGGCGAAGUCACCUCGGGCGCCAUCCUGGCGUCGGAACCGGACAAGGUCUACUUUGGGCACAGCGACGGGAAAGUGAGCAUUUACUCGAGGAAGGACUAUUCCUGCCUCGGGGUGAUGAAUGUCAGCCAGUACAAGAUCAAUUCGCUCGCCGGGGUGGGCCGGUACAUGUGGGCCGGCUUCAACACGGGCAAAAUGACGGUGUUCGACAUGGAGCAGACGCCGUGGGCUCUCAAGAAGGACUGGCAGGCACAUAAGAACCCCGUGGUCAGGGUCGCCGUCGACCGUUCCAGCUUCUACAAGCUCGACCGGUGCCAGGUGGUGUCGCUGGGCGCAGACAACAUUUUGCGUACUUGGGACGGGAUGCUCCAGGAAGACUGGCUGGAGGGUGAGAUGAAGCUCAAAGACGUCGAGUACUGCAGCUUCGAGAAGAUCAAAGCGUUGGUAUUGACGUGGAACGCGGGCGCCUCGACGCCCCAUAGCCUGCGCUAUUCCGAGUCCGACGCGACCUUUGUUCGCGAUCUCUUGCAGAGCAGCGACUCGCCCGAUAUCAUUGUCUUUGGGUUCCAAGAACUCGUGGAUCUCGAGGACAAGACGGCCACGGCGAAACGCUUCCUCAAGCCCAAGAAAAAGGAGGGCUCAGACCAGGAGCGCAUGAGCCACCAAUACCGCGACUGGAAGAAGUUCCUCGCGCAGAGCCUGGACGACCACAUGUCCAGCGGCGGGCUUUACCACGUUCUCCACUCGGCGCCCCUCGUGGGACUCUUUACAUGCAUCUUCGUCAAGGCCGACCUCCGCGAGCGCAUCAGUAACUUGAGCAGCGCCGAGGUCAAGCGUGGCAUGGGCGGCCUGCACGGCAACAAGGGCGCUAUCGUGAUCCGGUUCAUGGUCGACGACACCUCCCUGUGCUUUAUCAACUGCCAUCUCGCGGCAGGCCAGACGUCGGCCAACGCGCGGCACAACGACAUCGCGGCGAUCCUUGAAACACCGCUGCUCCCACCGCAGCGCGACCCGGGGAUCCGCGUCGACAGCUUCGUCGGCGGCGGCGACGGCUCCCUGAUCCUCGACCACGAGCUGUGCCUGCUCAACGGCGACCUCAACUACCGCAUCGACACCAUGAGCCGCGACACGGUCGUCGCCGCGGUCAAGGCCGGCAACCUCGCCAAGCUGCUCGAGCGCGACCAGCUACUCGUCGCGCGGCGCCGCAACCCGGCGUUCCGGCUGCGGGCCUUCGAGGAGCAGCCGAUUGCGUUCGCGCCCACGUACAAGUACGACGUCGGCACCGACACGUACGACACGAGCGAGAAGCGGCGGAGCCCGGCCUGGUGCGACCGCCUGCUGUACCGCUGCGGCGGCGGGCGCGGCCGCAUCGAGCAGCUCGACUACCGGCGCCACGAGGUGCGCGUCUCGGACCACAGGCCCGUCAGCGGCCGCUUCCGCUUUCAAGUCAAGCGCAUCGACCCCAAGCGCAGGGCCGUCGCGUGGAUGGAGUGUCAGCAGCGCUGGGAGGAUCAGAGGGGGAGGGAAGGCGAGGGGGAGAAGAUGUUUUACUUGACCAGGGUAAUCGGCUACGACCAGGCAACCGCCCAGCGACUUAUUAAUGAGCGGGCUUCGAGGAGAGUGCAUCGGAGCCCCAGCAGGCAUCGGGAAUGA